GGGCACAGGUGGGUGGCACUGGUGGGCACAGGUGGGUGGCACUGCUGGGCACAGGUAGGUGGCACUUCUGGGCACAGGUGUGUGACACUGCAGAGUGGCACAGGUGGAUGCACUGCUGGGCACAGGUGGGUGCACUGCUGGGCACAGGUGGGCACACUGCUGGGCACAGGUGGGCGGAACUUGCGGGUGUCACUGCUGGGCACCGAUCAUCAGGGUACUGAUCAUCAGUGCCCUGAUGAUCGGUGCCGAUCCUCGCUCUGACAACUGCCGGUUCUCGGCAGUACUUUCCUCACGAUCUGACAGCGUGAGGAAAGUGCAGCCGAGAACCGGCACUUGCAU